AUGGGGAUGGAUGAGGACCGGUCGGGCGAUUCUCACGCGAGAAACGAGGAGAAUGGAGGGGACUCCGCGGUGCGAGUAGAGGGAGGAGAAGAAAAGGCCAGUCAAGGGGACGUACACGCAGCAUUCGAUGCAGGGGCAGACGAAUCGCGCGUAUCUGCGAGUGAGGAGAAGGGGAAUGAGGGAAACCAGGCCGAGAACGGGAGAGAGGCGGAAAGUCUGGGGGACCACGGGGACGACGCGGAGGAGGCUGCCGCGCCUGCUGCUGCCGUGGCGGGUGGUGGGGACGCGGAGGCGGAGGCGGAAGGGGAGGCGGAAGGGGUGGCGGAAGGGGAGGCGGAGGAGGUGGUGGCUGUGGUGGUGGAGGAAGUGGAGGGUGCGGAUGAGAAGGGGGAUGGGGAAGGGGAGGGGGGCGAGGGGGAGGAGCAGGUGGAGGAGACGGCGGCGGAGGAGGAGGAGAAAGAUGAGGAGGGCGACGGGGAGGGGGAGGACGAGGACGAAGAGGAGGAUGAGGAGGAGGAGGGGGAGGAGGAAGAAGGGGGAUUCGAUGAAGGGAAGGCGGAAGGAGCGGGCGCGCCGGUCCGCCGAGCCGCUCCGCGCAUGAGCCGCGAGGCGAGGAGUAUCUACGAGCGGAUCCGCGCGCGCCCGUGCCGCGUUGCGCGCGUGAUCAUCGCGGGGAACAAGCGCACGAAAGCAGCGAUCAUCUCCCGCAUCAUGGCGGGCGCGCUGGCGGAGCUGGCGGAAGCGCAACCGGCGGAAGCGGAAUCGGCGGGCGGAACCUUCGAGGAUCUGCAGGCGGCGCUGCUACGCGCCAAUCGGGCGCUGCGAGGGCUGGGGGUGUUCGAGGAUGUGACUAUAGUGGUGGACGCGCUCCCCGGGGACCCGCCUGGCACCGCAACGGUUGUGAUUAACGUGAAGGAGGAUAGCGUGCUGGCCGCGAACGUCGGCACGUACCUGCAGAGGGACGGGCGCACCAGUGAGGCGCGCAUAACCCUCAAGAACCUUCUCGGGUACGCCGAGUCGCUCGACGUGUCUCUCGGUGUGGGUCAUGACGGCGCCUCUUCCGGCAUCUCCUCCUGGUCCAUCCUGCAGACUGCCGGCAACUCCUUCGCUCUCUCCCUCUCCUGCCCGCUCCUGCUCCUCCCGCCCUCCCUGCAAUCCCUCCUCCCUUCCCCGUACUCUCAUCCCUCCUCCUCCUCUUCCUCCGCUUCUCCUGCUUCUCCUGCUUCUGAUGCUCCUACGACGUUUCCCUAUGUGGAGCUGCGGCUGUUCAAGACCACCCGCUCUAUGCUGCCCUACACCUCGCUCUCCCAGUGCCUACGUGGCGCCACGCUGGGCCUCCACGUGGGCAGGCACGAGCUGGCGUACGAGCUGACGUGGCGAGAAAACUCCGCCGUAGCCGCCACUAGCGCCGAAUCAACCACCAAAACCAGCAGCAGCAGCACCAGCACCGCCAGCAGCAGCAGCGGCAGUGGAAGCGGUGGGGGUGAUGGUGGUGGUGGGUCGGGGAUAGCUCCUGCGCCUGCUGUGGUGCGCGGUGUGUGCUCGCCCGCUGUUCAGCGUGACCUGGGUAACUCGCUGCUCUCCGCUGUCCGAUACGUCUACAGCAUCGACAAGAGGGAUUCCCAGGUCCGCCCUAGGAUCGGGUAUGCAAUGCGUGCCACAACAGAGCUGGCAGGGCUGGGCACGGAUCCCAAGCUCGUCAGCUUCCUGCGCCAGGAGCUGGAGCUAGCAACGGCCCUCCCUCUGCCCAUCGCCAAUGCUGCUUUCACCUCUUCUUUCCGCAUCGGCGCCCUCCUCCCCUGGUCCCUCUCCUCCCUCCCCUCCCUCCCUUCCCUCCCCGCCCUCUCACGCUCCCCUCAACCUGCACCUUCUACCACCUCCUCCUCUCCCUCCCCUGCCUCCCUUCCUCCCUCCUCCCCAUCCCCCCCACACUCCCUCAUCAACGACCGAUUCUUUCUCGGAGGCCCCUCCUCUCUCCGGGGCUUCCAAGACCACGCAGUGGGCCCCACCGCUCCCCGCCCGGCACCCUCCCGCGCGCGCGACUUCCUGGGCGGCGAUCUCUCCCUCUCCGCUACAACCGCGCUCUCGUUUGACUUGCCGUUCCUAAAGCCGCUACAGCAGGCGGGCGUGCACGGGCACGUGCUUGCCUCUGCUGGUGCGCUGCUGUCCCUGGAGAGUGUUUCCGGUGCUGCUGGCAGGGCGUGGGCGGGGCAGAGUGUGGGAGGGGAAGGGGGAGGGGCAGCGGGAGGAGUGGUAGGAGGAGGAGGAGUGGGGAAUGUGGCUGGGAGGGUGGUGGAGGUGACGAGGUCGGUGGGGAGGGAGGUGCUUGCUGCAAUGAGGUGCACGGCGGGAGUGGGACUCGUAUGGCCCACGCUCAUCGGUCGCCUGGAGGUGAGUUGCGCAUUUGUUGAUUUGACUCAGCAGUCAUCUUGCUGCAAUGAGGUGCACGGUGGUGUGCACGGCGGUGUGCACAGCGGGAGUGGGGCUUGUAUGGCCCACGCUCAUCGGUCGCCUGGAGGUGAGUUGCGCAUUUGUUGA